AUGUUUCAAGACAUUUCUGAUAUAGAAGAUGGCUCAUAUCAAUCAGAAGCAUUUGACGAAUUUCUUCUGGGUCUACGAGAUGAGUCAUACAACAAUGAGAAGUAUCUACAACGGUCGUUCAUAAAUUUGAAAAAGAAAAGAUACUCUGAAGUAAUUAAAGAUUGCACAUUUGCUUUGAUGAUCAAUCCUCACGACAAUAAAGCUGCUUGGAGACGCGGACUGGCAUAUCUUCGCAUCGGUCAUCCAGAAUUAGCAAAUCGAGAUUGGGAACAUGCUUUGGAUGCUGAUUCCGAGAACAUUAGUAUUCAAAAGGCUUUAACAAAGCUACGUUCUUCUUAUACAACUUGUGAUCGAAGCUAUACAACAUGGGAUUUACGCCAUCCACGGGUAGCCACUAAAGAACAAUUACCUGCGUUAUUACGAAAAAUGUAUCCAGACUUUAUUCGAGGCUUUUUCCUCUGGAAAAGAGCACACACCGCCUGCAGUCUCUGUCGAUUCCGAUGUGAACGCCAAAGGGAAAAUCUUACAUUUUGCAGAGAGUCACUUUACAGAACAAAUCAAAGGGUUUCCGAAGAGGAAACAAAAAAGAGAGAACCGCUCAGUGAUAUUGAGCAAGAGUUCAUUGAAAGAGAUCGUAGAAAGUCAGAAUAUAUGAUGGAAAAGAUUCCCGAAGAACUUUACAGUUCCAAAUACCCAUGUCCUCAAAAUAUCCAUCAAUUUCUUUAUAUGUUGAAAGUCAUAUCUACUCCUCAAAUAUACAUCGAGAUCUAUUCCAUGCCCCCAGCUAGGGUUGUUCGAAUCUUCGGUACAUAUGGUCUUUCGCUAGAAUACUUAAACCUCUUUCUUAAGUCUAUCCACUAUACCGGGCUUCUCACCAGAUUCUGUUCCAAAUGGUGUAUCCAGGCAAGGCAUCUUAUUCAUACAUUGAGUACCUUGCCUUGGUUUUCAUUCCUUAUCAAGUAUUCAAUGAGCACCACAGUACUACAAAUUUUUUUGCAUCUUCCAAAAGUCAGUGAAGAAGAGCUGCACGUAUGGGGAGUGUCAUCUGAUUCUUCUGCGAGUUUGGAACAUGGAUCAAACUCGGAUAUGACCUUCUUUGAUUGCCUAGCGGAUUUGUCUAUUGGCUUUCCAGCCUAA